AUGGUCAAGGUGUCAGCCCCAUUUGCUUCCUCGUACAACAACAGCUAUCUAAGGGUAAUCAAAAACGGACAACUUCCCAUGGCAUCUUUCGAACUUCCAAACCUCCGCAAGCUCUUUGCUGCUUCGCGAAGUGAGCAAGAAGAGAGUGCAUACAGUAGGACGGCGUUCUAUAAUCUACUCUUCUUUGUGACCUCUAUCGCUGCAUUUAGUUUCGCUGCCCAGAGACUUGCGCCGGCGAAGAAUAUGGGGAGAUAA